AUGAAUUUGUCAAGCUUUUCUGCUAUAACAAAUGCAAAUAACGAAAGUUCUAAAAAUCAAAAAGUAUCUGCGCUCUAUCAAUGCAUCUUAUGUAAAGUAAAAUGUUUUAAAAGUAUAAGAGGGCUUUAUCAACACGAAACUCUUGUGCAUUAUGAUUACAAAACACCACCACCUAAUAUUUCUAAUUUGCCAUCAAAUGCUAUUCAACAGUUUCGUAAAACCUUAAUCUUUUUUAUUAAAAAAAGAUUACUGCUUAAUUUUAAAAAAACUGGAAGACAAACAAUUAAAAUUUCAUGUAGCGAAAGUCAAUUUGUUAGUGUAUUUGGACCAUGGAUUCAACGAUACUCGCCUUGCAAAAGAAAAUAUACAUGUCUUUUUAAAGGUCAAAGUGCUGAUACAACAAUAGCAAUGAUAUUACAAGAUACUGAAUGGAGUGAACGUUGGUAUGAGUUUGAUCAAAAAGCAUAUGUAGUAUUAUAUACUUCAUCACUAUCAAACUUUCAAAAAGAACUAGAAAUAAAAAUAGAAUGGUAUAUCGAAACAAUAAUUGAUUCUCAUCAGAAUACAAUUUCUACGAGUUUUAUUGCAAUCAAAUUUCAG